UACGGUUCCUGUUUGGCGACCCGUCGCCACAAGAGAGAUCUCGUUUAGCGUUAUCGGAAACCUGGGCCUAAAAACCCAUUAAUUUAUCCGUUUUCCCACAGCUGGAGAGCGGAUAACGCUCUGUGGGGCGCACAAGUUCCCACAACAAAGGGGAAAAACCACAUUUCCCGGGGUUAACCCCCGCUUUUUGCGCGCCAAUCUUCUUACUAAAUCUUCUUCGGAGACAUUUUGGAUUUGGUGUCUCUUGUUUUUUUUCUCGGUUAGUUUUGUGGUCAAGAUGUCGCCGUAAUGGAGUAUCCGGGUUUGACAGACAUGAGCAAGGGCCUUCGCCGCCUGACCCGCACCUCUUGUAACAACCCGCUUUUUUCAUUUCUUGUCCCGUUUAAUGCUAGAGAGCUCGACUGCUCUCUCCCCGGAGCUCGGCCUCAGUCCUUCACCCAGAGAUAUGGAGAAAAACCCGAACGCCAACACCAAGGUCCCGCCCCGUUCAAGCUCUACAGGCCCAGCGCCGACCGACUCUAAAACUAAAACAGAUUCGAAGAAUAAUGGCAGCUCCAAGCGCUACAACCGUAAGCGGGAGCCUGCCUUCCCCAAAGCAGAAAAUUUUCCAGGCCCCCGUCGCACCCACCCACAGAAAGGCAAGAAUUUCGACAAGAGACCCCCCCAGAGAGGUGGAGGAGGCGGUAGACAGGGUGGGCUCAUGGGCGGUGGGAGAAGAGAAGAGGUAGUCGAGACGCGCCGGGCCGAGUUCAGCCCGGCUCAGUUUUCCGGACCUAAAAAGAUCAGUUUGAACCACUUGCUCAAUUUUACCUUUGAGCCGCGCGGAGGCCAUGCUGGCUCCGUGGGUGACGGGCACUCGUGCUGGGGUCGCCGCAACAAGUGGGGUCACAAACACAAGCCCUUCAACAAGGAGCUGUUCCUGCAGGCCAACUGCCAGUUUGUGGUGAUUGAUGACCAGGAUUAUCAAACUCACUUCACUGACCCGGACACUCUGGUCAGCUGGGACUGUGUGCAGCAAGUGCGCAUCUACAGCCACGAGGUACCGUCAUGUCCAAUCUGUCUGUACCCUCCGGUGGCAGCUCACAUCACUCGCUGUGGCCACAUCUACUGCUGGCCCUGCAUGCUGCACUACCUGUCUCUGAGCGAGAAGACCUGGUCCAAGUGUCCAAUCUGCUACGAGGCCGUGCACAGCACGGACCUCAAGAGUGUUGUUGCCAUGGAGACACGUCAGUACAUGCCCGGUGAUGUCAUCACCAUGCGCCUGAUGCGCAGGGAGAAAGGCGUGCUGGUGGCUCUGCCCAGCUCCCAGUGGGUUAAAGUGGAGGAGCCCAUUCGCUUUGGAGAUGUGCGUCUGAGCUCUUACUCCAAGCUGCUGCUGGCGUCUCAGGAUCAGGUUCUGGGUCUGUUGGCUGAGGAGAGAGUGGCACUGCAGGCUCAGCUGAAGCAGGAGCAGGACGAUCCACAAGCCUGCUUCGUACAGAGUGCUUUACUGCAGCUGCAGGAACGAGAGGACGGCCUGCUGAAACGGAACGUUCCAGGUAAAGGCGGUCUAGAGGGUGCAGACAUGAGGAAGCUCUCUCUGACUGACUCGACUGUUGCUGAGGUGGCGGUCAACAAGCUCACCAGCUCCAAGCCUGUUCUGCAGUACGCUUCGGCGUUCGAUGAUGAGAUUCAAGAGGUCGCACCCCAACAGGAAGCAGUCGAGGUGGCGGAGCAGGUCCCUGAUGAGGAAACCCUUACUAAUGAGGCGGGGUCACAGCAGAACUCUCAGCAUGGGCCGUAUUACUACUUCUACCAAGCGGAGGAUGGGCAGCAGAUGUUCCUGCACCCGGUGAACGUGCGCUGCUUGCUGAGGCAGUACGGCAGCCUGGAGAACAGCCCUCAGUCCAUCAGUGCCACCGUCGUGGAGAUCGAGGGCCACACGGUUAAUGAGGAUGUUCGUCGUCGACACCGUUACCUCUCUCACCUGCCCCUCACCUGCGAGUUCAGCAUCUGCGAGCUCAACCUCCAGCCACCCGUCAUCUCCAAGGAGACGCUGGACAGCUUCUCAGAUGAUCUGGAGCGCAGGAGGCGUGCGAGGCAGAAGAAGGCCAGGGAUGAGAAGAGGAGGGAGAAGAGGAUCGAGAUGGAGGAGAACAGGAAGCAGGGGAAAUACCCGGAGGUGCACAUUGGCCUGGAGAACCUGCAGCAGUUCCCAGCGUUUGGUUCUCCUCCUCAUCACAGCCCACCAGGACCGAACCCCGAGUUCCAGCUCGGACCUCCGUCUCCUCUGAGCAGCAGUCCUGUCCCAGACGUCACCAUGUUCCCAAGUCUGAACGGGAACGCCCUGUCCUUCAGCGUGGGCAGUGUGGAGGAAGACUCGCCCUGCAUGUCCUUCGCACAGAUGCUGAGAGAUGGAAAAGCCAGAGCAGAUGUCUGGCCCAGACUUCCUCCAAAAAAAGAUGUGUUCCUGGCUCCUCCAGUGGCUGACAGUGACGGUGAGAGUGACGGAUCGGACCGUGUGCCGGUCCCCAGUUUCCAGAACUCCUUCAGUCAGGCAGUUGAAGCAGCAAUGCUGCAACUGGACCACAAACCACCAGCCAAGGCUGAAGCUCCACCCACCACUGAUGAGAAAGGAGGGAAGAAAAAGAAGAAAAAGCAGAAACUUCUCUUCAGCACCUCCAUGGUUCACACAAAGUAAACCAGACUGCAGAUCACCGCUUUCUCACUUUCUUUUUUUUCCCUCCAUUGUCUCCUCCCAUUUCCUCCAUCCUGUCCUCUAGGGUGUGUUAGCGUAGUCCAGGCUCGGCGACCAGCUGAGCAUUGUUAACCAAAUGAAAUAAGACCCAGUAUCGCUAACACCUUGCUAUAGGCAGUAGACCCAGUGUUGAAUUAAGGACCGUGUCGAAUCCCUCGCUCAAACUUUUUUUUUUUUUUUUUUUCCAGUGAUUUAAGUAGGAUGUGAGUGACCUGGCAAUAAAAAAAAAAAAAUUCAUGUCAUGUUUAGCAGAAUCCAUGUAAAGUUUAAACUUUCUAUCUCCAUCUUGUCCCAUCACCGGCUCUGGAGCACUUCCACUUGGUUAAUUUAUUUCUUUGUCCCAGUUUUACACACAAGGCCUGUAUUAAGAUGAGAUGAAUACUCCAGGGUUCAGUGAUGACGUCCCCGGGUUUUAGAGCCAGCAGUCAGACAGCUGCUGAUGAACUCGCACCCUCUUCACGUCAUCGCCGAACCCCUGAGUGAACACCAUCAUCUGCUUCAAAUAACACUGUAUGUUCAAUCGCUGCUCAUUUCCCUUCUGCCCCUUCGAUCUUCCUCCUCCUCCUCAUCACAGCUCGGUAAGGCACUUUAUACCUUUCACGCGUUCAUCAGUAUAAAAGACGAUCUGAUCCACGUUUACACGCUGCUUCAUCCGGUUCACACACGGAAUAAAGUCUGAGGUCGGUCUCAGAUGUUUAACUGCAGCACUCGUUUGAUGCUUCAGUGAGGUACCUUUUUGGUACUCAGUCGCCUGGAAAAACAAAAGAGAAUUUUUUUUUUUUUUUGUUUUUGUUUUCUUUUGGAUUUCUUUGGUGGGAAUCUG